AAGCAUGUAAGCAUGGCUUAUUUACCAUUCCGCCCACUUCCUUGAUCAUGUUUCUCCUGACCCACCAAACCACAAAACGCGAGCUCCCUGAACUUGUGUCAUUGUCAGAAUAAACAGCGAGUUGAACAUUUACCACUCUCCGAGUCAUACCUAGCCCGAGACGACCAUACCACGAAGGAUCGAAUUCGUCACCUUGAACUUGUCAGAAUGGACCUUUUCUUAGGCGGGAGGAAACUUUUUUUAUUUCUAUCUGCCUUAUUGACCGCCGUUGGCGUAUUUGGUGACCCGUGCAAAGUCACCCAUCAGGGCAAAGCAACGACGUACAACAUCUUAAACCCUACCGGCAAUGCAGAGUGUGAAUACAGCUGGGCUGAUUCUUAUGGCACUGUACUGGCAACUGACGGAGAUCCCAAUAAUGGAAAUAUAUCCUCAUCUGACUCCUUCCUCACGUUGCCUGGAUGCCUGAAGAAAGUUUGUGUUACAAUUGUUUGCCAUCCGAAGCACCACACAACCUGCUGCCCCACUGACUGCCCUGCUGCACCAGAACCUCAAGAACACAUUGACCCCACAACCAGCAGCCCGGCUCUGGCUGUAGUCUGGACUCCAGAGGGCAUUGCAGGGACUGUGGUCGGGACUGUCGUGGUCAUUGUGGUGGUCAUUGCGUUGGUCAUUGCGGUGGUCAUUGCGGUGGUCAUUGCGUUUGAAAAGAAAAGAAAGAAAAAGGGUUGGUUGGAGCGGUUCAAGGGAGCGUGUUCUUCAAACGAACCACAAAGCGGAAGGGGAGCAGAUGGAAGACCAGAGGUUAUAGCGAUGCUCAGGGCCGUCGAUAAGGGGUGAAAGGUGAUGACGAUUCUAGGGGCCCACAGCCCAGGGGGGGCCCACAAAAAAAAAAAUAUAUAUAUUUUAAUUUUUUAUUUUACUACCAGCCCAUAGUACUAC